GUAGUAACCGCCUAGCCUAGUGGCCGCAGAGACGACUGAGGAGCUAGUGGCCACCGCGCUUCCUGCAGAGAUGGUCGACGUUAAUAUAUGGGUGGCUGUUGCUAUUUCAGCCCUGACAUUUGAUGUGGCUCUAGGCAGGUACGAAGUGUCCUAUGACGGGAACCCCUGCAGUCCCAACCCUUGUGGACAGAACACCCAGUGCUAUGUGUCCAGUGGCCGUCCUGUGUGUUCCUGCCUGCCCGGCCACUGGGGAAACCCCCUGUCUUACUGUCAGAGAGGGGAAUGCCAAGAUAACAGUGACUGCCCGGCCAGCAAGGCCUGCAAGGACUAUCGUUGCGUAGAUGUAUGUGCAGGAGUGUGUGGUGUCAACUCCGACUGUCAUGUACGGAACCACGUCCCGGUGUGUAGCUGCCCCACGGGCUAUAAAGGCGACCCCUUUAGCAACUGUCGACUCAUGGAUCCUCAGGAGCUGUGUAUUCCUUCUCCUUGCGGUGUCAACACUAAGUGUGAUGUCAUCAACAACACCCCGACUUGUUCCUGCCUGCCAGGCUACGUUGGCUCCCCUCUGAGUGGAUGCCGCCACGAGUGUGAGAGUGACUACGACUGCCCUGCUUCCCAGAGUUGCCAGAACUUCAAGUGUCAGUCUGCGUGUGCCACCGGAGUCUGUGCGCCAAGUGCCAACUGUGUAGUACAGAACCACCGAGCUGUGUGUUCGUGCCCUCCUGGUCAUGUUGGAGACCCAUACGUCUCAUGUCGGGCCGAAUGCUUCACUCACUCCGACUGUCCUUCCCACAAACCAUCCUGCCUUAACGCCAAGUGUGUGGACGUAUGUGCGGGAGUUUGUGGAGUUAAUGCCAACUGUCGCGUAAGAGACGGAACUACAGCUGUCUGCAGUUGUCCCAAAGACAUGACGGGAAACCCUUUUGUCAGCUGUCGCCCAUUCGAGAAGACUGAUCUUUGUAUCCCGAACCCUUGUGGAACGAACGCCAGGUGUGAGCCGGGCCACGAUCGUUCUGGGAAGGAACGACCUGUCUGCACCUGCAUCCCUGGGUACCUGGGAGAUCCGUUGUCCUACUGUCGACGAGGCGAGUGUAGCACGGAUAACGACUGCCGUAACGACCAGAACUGCAUCAACUACAAUUGCGUUUCGUCUUGUACAAACCAGUGCGGUGUUGCCGCUAUGUGCAACGCUCGUAACCAUGUAGCCGUGUGCUCUUGUCCGCCUGGCUACACAGGAGAUGCUCUCACCCGUUGCUACAACAUCCCAGCUCCUGUCGCCAGAGCUCUCUACAGCAAGAAAUAACUUCUUCCACAGUUAAAUCUCAGUCAAAUUUACGAUAAGGAAACUCAUUCUUUAAUUUAAUCUUUUCAAUACAUUUCUGUCCCUGAAUUUAUGUUUACUUUCAAUAUUUUGUAUAUAAAUUCCACAAUUAUAUUUGAAUUGUGUAAGGGGUCUUUAUUGUCCUAAAUAUACAGUCUUUUAGCUUCAUUUUGUUUAUCAUUUCUCAGUGUGUACAAUAAAAUUAUUAAUUUACAAAGGUCUACCCUUAGAAAUUUCUUUUAAAUGCCUAUCUUAGGUUAGGUUACUUUUUUGAAAAGUUUAUCACCCUGCAUUCAAAAGUUUAUGCUGAAAGAAGAUAAAAAUUAUUGAAAUAACAGAAAAUUUAAAAACUAAAAAAAUAGCAUUGAAAUUAAUAUGCUAAUAACUUGCACUUAAUACAUUGUAAAUAUUUGUUAUACAAUUAUUAACUUAAAAUGAGGUUACUAACCUGUCGUCAAUCAGUCCUAUAAAUUGUCGUUGAUGACUAGUUUCGGGGCUAAAACUCCAUUUUCAAAUCUUCUCUUUCAGUCGUCAUAUGUCAAACAUAUCUUCUUGCACAAGCCGUCGUCAAAGUUAUUUCACACAUAAACAUAACACAUACGAAAACGUUUAUAAUACAAUACAAAGACAUGUACAUUUGCGUGUGGCCGGCCAAGGACAAAACCAACGACAAUAUGUAGGACUGAUUGACGA